GAUACACGGAGACGGCAGCGCGAGGAGUUUACGCGCAGUGUCAGCCUGUAGCGAUGUGCACGGCUGCUCCGUAAAUGGAGUAUUUAAAAUCUGUCCUCGAACUUCAUAACUCACUGGAUUCUCUGGGACGGCGACUCCAGUAAGGACCCGCUCUUUCAAGUGCAUGUCAUCGAGAUGCCCGAUCAUCAAGAGGUUCUUUUCCGCAGCAACCGACCCCGCGUAACAGCCUAGACCUCCUGGGAUUGCCUGUCGGUCCGCUUUCCUUACAGCAAGUCGACCCUUUGUGGAUGAUGGAUGGCCGAGAUUACGGAGCCCACAGAUCAGUGCACGUCCCCCCGCCACUGCUCUCCGCUCUGGACACGGAGCCGCACCGACUCGCGGUGUCCACUGUGUCCGAGCGCGUGGCCGCGUCCCCCGCGCGUCUGGCGACGGGACCCCCGGCGCACCUCCAUCCUGGGAAAUAUCUUUUAUCCUCUAUUAAUCUCCAUCCUCAUCACACAGACGAUGCCUACAGAGGUGGUUCCAGCUCCUUUCUUGGGGGCUACGUGAACAGUGGGUUGGCUGGCUCCUCCACUCCACUUGGGGACCCCACCCCCAUGACCUCCGAACCCUCCUUCAGAGCUCCUGCCGUGACCGGCCUACAGAUGGCACAUCUCUGGGCCUCCCACCCCCACGAAGGUUUCAGCCACUUGACCAGCAGUUUGUACCCUAGUCCUUACAUUCCACUGGGACACAUUGAUCACACAAAUGGGAACAACCCCUUCUUUGCCCAGUUGAGCCAGCAUGCUCUCAUGGACUCUCAAAAAGAUGGGUUUUAUUUGGCAAGCCUUACAGGACCAUCAGCCCUCCCUUCACAGUCCAUCGUCCCCAGGACACCUGCCACCCACACUCCCAGCUCUUUUACCAAGGAGGAGUCACUUCCCCAUCACAAGAGUGUCAAGGAUUCUGUGAAGGAUUCUGGGAAAGAGAAACUAUUCAAGAAUGAUCUCAACCAGUCCCUGUCCCGCAAGGAGAAGGACAAAUCCAAGGAGGUGUCCAGGUCACGCAAUGUUAUGGAACUUACCCUUGACACAAAGAUGGAGACUGAGAGGAAGCUCUCAACUUCCAAGGGUACAGAACAAACUAUGGCUUUCCUUCCAGAACAUUCACCUGGUUUGAGUGCCGUAGAGGCAAAGUCCAAGAACCCAUUGCAAACCUCCUCCCUCAGUAACUGUAACAGUGGCAGCUAUAGUGCAUCCCUGAGGUACCAGGGCACUGAACAGGGCAAGAGCCCCAAAGACUUUGGUCAACACGAUGAAAAUAUGAGGCCAGGGACACAUGUCCAAUCAGACAAGCUGAAAAAAUGUGACUCUGUCGCAACAUCAUGUGGCACUUUACAAAUAUCUUGCAAUUGUCCCUCCCCUCAUAGUAACUCUUCUCAGUUGUCCCCACAACUAAUGCCUCCAGGCACGUAUCCUCCACCACACCACGUACCAUCUAGUCUUUAUCCACUGUACUCCACAGUACUGGAGCCUGGAAGGGAGCACAAAGUGAUUGCGCCCACAUUUGUGCCUUCAGUUGAGGUUUAUGAUAAGAGAAAUGGACCAAUCCAAAUAGCUUCAAAGGCCCGGGACAAUAAAAAUGACAAAAAUAGAGAUAAAAAUGGUAAUCGAUUAGGUGGUUGGCAGUUGGGCAAUGAGAAGACCGCUCAAGCACACGAGUCUUUUUCUGGGGAUACAAAGAGGACAGAAAUGUUCAGGGAAGAAGGUUCUGUUAUCAGGCAAAACACUUUGGCUCUAAAAAGACUUCAGCCAUCAGAAACAUACAUUAACAAAUUUGGGCAUGUAAAAGGUUCUAAUGUCUUAGCCUCAACCAGUGCCACAUCGAAAGAAAUUAUCAAAACACGAGUGGAGGCCGAAACUUUUGAAAAACCAUGUGGAGGGAUCCAGAGGACCUCCAGUAAAGAUGCUGGCAGAUUCUUCUGUGGAACUGACUCUGCCAGGAGCCUUAUAGAUCAGCACCUGGAGUCCAAAAAGAAAACUUUUGAUAUGGGAAAUUACACUUCUAACCACAUAACAGUGCUGGUGGCUCAAAAUGGACAUGGAAGUAGGGCAGAAGAAGAGGGGAAGAAACUGUAUCUGGACCCCUCUGGUGUCCAUGACCCUACUCUGAGUGUGGGGUCCACUGGAAGCUUGGAGGGUCAGCAUUCUGGCAUCCGCAGUGGAGUGUCUGCGAUGCAAAGUCUAAUAAAAUAUAGUGGCAGCUUCACCAAGGAGUACAGCUCCCAGCAGGCCUCUGGCAUCAAGAGCCCCUUUGGAGGCCUGGGCAACGUGAAGCUGGAGGACAGCCAGCUUGAAGUGUCCAGACUCCAGCAACCUGGGAGGGAGCUGAAGAAGGAGCCGGAGCAACUGGAAAGCACAAAGUCCUUCAGCCGGGAGAGCGUGGGCUCUCAGGGAGAAGCGGAGGUCAGGCAUCCACCAGUGGGGAUUGCAGUGGCAGUUGCUCGGCAGAAGGACAUAAGCAACAAGCCAAGCUCAUGUUUGACGGAGAGGGACAGACCUCUCUCUCUCUGUAGCGUUAAAGGCCAUCCAGAUGGAAAUCACAAAGAUGGGCGGGUCCAUCACCGUGACAACUGUGUCCUGCCAGGCCGUCUUCAGCAGGAGCGGGAGAAGCUUCUGCGAGAGAAUAAGGAGCUGGCAGAGUACACACAUAUGCAUCCACUCUCGGGGCCGAAUCUCAUGGUGACCGGGGACCCCGUCCUGCCUGGCUCGGGCCGAUGGCCUGCUGAGGCCAGCUCCCAGCUCACCUCCUUCCCCUGGAUGGGCCGCACUGGGACCCCCGCACUGUGGCUUCCCAGAUCACCUUACGGUUUGGAUCCCCUGCCUUCAGGGUACCCUCCCAGCCUCCAUGGUUCUGUUCCCUCACCGUACCACAUUGCUCGAGACCCUCAGUCAGGGCAACUCUUGGUUGUUCCCACAGAACACCUCCCACACCUUGCAGCUGACCUGGUGGAGCGAAACCCCUCGGUGUGGUCGCCUGUAUACCCGCCGACAGGUAGUCCUUUCCAACAUGCUCAUCAGCUGCAGCUCCUGUCUCACCAUCAGCAGCUGCUGCGGCAACACGAGCUCUACGUGAUCCAGCAUCAGCGGCAGGUCAUGGAGCUGCAACGGGGCACUCAGCUGGCGGAGAGGUUAAAGGCCAGUGAGUCUAGAGCAGAGCUGGAAGACAAAGCAGCCAAGAGAAGCAGUGAGGAUGCCAAACCAGGAGUCUCUGCUGCUUCCACUGGGUCUCCUCAUGUCCAGAAUCCACCCUUACUCUCCCCAUCACCGUCUACUUCUUAUGACAAGGUCUUGCGUGCAGAACAUACCACACAGUUACACUCGCCCAUUACCCGGCUUAAGACAGAAAAUGGGCCGAGAGUAGAGGUGUCCCGAGCCGAGCGUUCCUCCUGUUACCCUCUGUCCACCCCAGCCCAACGUACACCCAACCUGUCUGCCACAUCCCCCAUGCCACCCCCACUCAACACCCCCAAAGAAGAGCCUGCUGUGCAUUUGAAGAAGAAAGAUGCGACACAACCUACAGCAUCAUUCCGAGGAAUAUAUAACGAUGUUCCUCUUGGCUACACGUAUCAGUCGAUAGCAGGCGCUUUCGGCAACCCCUAUCCCUACCUCCUCCAGCCAACCGUUGUUACGGAUGCCAGUGAUGUGGCACCAGACGUGCCAUUGCCAACUGAGGCCUCGGAGCAUAUAGCUACCUCGGCCAACGGCAAAAUGGCACGUGUGCAUUCCCCUGCUGUACUGGAGCCUCUUCAAGCCUCCAGAGAGGAUUCUGCUUCAUUCAAGGCGGAGCCUUCUUUAGAGACCAGAAAGGAGGUUCUUAGCCAAAGGAUUCUGGGUUCACUUCACAGUGCAGUGACUGCUUUACCCAGUUCAAGCCCAAACCCUCCUUUUGCCCCCAAGCAUGAUAGGGAUGUAGCCAUCCUGGAAGAGGCAAACAAGGAAAAGGAGGAAACCGAGAUGGUAGAACCUCAGGACCUGUCAGUACAGAGCUGCCAAGAAGUGACUGAGUCCUUCUCACAUGUGGGACCUAAAGUAGAGGUUCAAGAUCGGUCACCUUGUGCAGGAAGUGAGCCUUCCAUGCAGAGUAACAAAGCACCAGCCUGUGAGCUCCAGAGACCAGUUGAGAUGGUCAGUCAUCACGAGGAAGCAGGUUUAAAGUCUGAUGUUGAGGAUUCCAUCCCCCAGCUCUGUGGCACGUCUGAGUCUUCUUGUGAAAGCCAGCUGUCCAACGAAGUCACCCUUCCUCCAUGCCUGUCUCCCAUGUUGAUCGCUGUGCCCGAAGAUCCCAUGGCUGACUUGCUUACCUUGCCAACUGCCAGUGGGCUGCCCGAGGCCCGCUCACUGCCACCACGGAUGGGCACCUCUGCACAGCUACAAGUCUGUUCUAACUUUGGGUCCUUGGAGUCCACAGCCCUUGAGGGAAUUGCUUUGCUGAGUGAAAUUGCUGAGCUGGAAGUGGAGUGGAGCCGCAGUAAGAGUCAGGGUGUGAAUCACUGUGGCCUGGAGCAUCUUCUGCUGGCUGGAAGACAGGUGCUGCUGGAAGAGCUUGAGUGUGAACCUGUCCUCAGCAUCCGUCUCCCUAGAGAGCUGAACCCAAACAAGACGUACAGCUGGAGGAGCAAGAACGAUGACUCUCUGAUCUCUAUGAAGUCAUCCUCAGAGGCAACGGAAGACCUAGAGCUGGAUUAUCGCAUGAAGCUGGCUGAACUGCAGAGGCGGUACAGAGACAAGCAGAGGGAGCUGAUGAAGUUACAGAGACACCAUGACUCUGGGGAGAAGCAAAAGGAAGAGAGGAACGAGAAUUCGGGGAGAAGAGGUCCAGGAAGGCCGAGGAAGAGGAAACAUGGUGUCUGCGAUCUCUCGCCACCUGCAAGCAAAGGAAUCGCCAAGUGUGGAAACAGGAGCCUGCUGCUCUCCAAAGACUCUGAGAGUAGAGAAGGAGUAAGGAAACAACUGGGUGGCCCAAGCCCAGAUAACAGUGAGGACGGUGGAGCUGGCCAGGCCAAAAGGAGGAAUAAUGGUUGGCAUGACCAAGAAUCUUCCUCAGGCUUGUCGCACCAGCAGACUGAAGUAAAGAGGAACAAGAAGGUGACUGUACAGGAGCAGUUAGCAACCAAGCUUCACAAGGUCUUGUCUCUCUCCAAACUCAACAAGUCCUCCAGUUCUGGAAUCUCCAGAAAAUUGUUGAUGCUUCAGAGAAUGGAGAUGAAAGGCAAAGAGGGCAAGAAGAGUCACCCAAAAAGUCUUGCUGACCUAAAGUGCUCUUCCACUGGAGGUAAAUGGAACAGGAAUAAAGAACGUGGAAUCUGUGUCUCCUCUGAAGGGUCGUCUGAGGUCGUUGUUCUCCGCAGCACAAUUCAAAACACAGAUUCGGAGGAGGAUGUGGAUUCGCUGAAAGAGGGCUGGCCAGGACUGCUCGCCCAGCGCCCCACCUUGCAAAAUGUACUGAGCAGCAGGGGGAGGUCGGGGCUGACGAGGGGUGCGGCAUCCCGGCCGCUCUGCGAGAGGAAGCGCAGACCUCCCCUGUCCAACAGCGACUCCUCGGAGGACCCCUCCGAUCAAGAUAUCUGCUGGAAGAAAAAGUAUGACGACGAGGAAACGGAGGAGGAGGAGGAAGGGUACGAAUGUGAGCUGGAUGAGAGUGAUGGCCUAUGUUCCUCCUCUCUGGAGGAGAGUGGACUGGGCCUCCUGGCUCGCUUUGCGGCCCGCGCCACACCCACCCCGGUCACGUCCACGCCGCUGUCUGUCGUCCAGCUGGAGGCACAGCACAAAGCCAGGAAGAAGGAGGAGAGGCAGAACCUUCUAGGUACGGGGUUCGAGUGCACGGACUCCGAGGGCAGCGCUAAGGUGCGCAGGAAGGUACCGAUGCUGCUGCACAGGAAGAGGCCCGCUUCGGAGCUGCCCCAUCUGGCCCUAUCGAGCACCCCCGGGGAGGAGACCAAGGGGCCCGGGUCGGGCAGGAAGUCGCAGCACGCGAAGCCGACCAGAGAGUCGGGCUUCGAAUUCGGCGACGAGGACUGCUGGACGCGGCGGAGGAGCGAGCGCAUUUUCUUGCACGACGCUGCCGCCGCUGCUUCGUCCCCGGGGAGUCCGCCUGCCUCCACGCCGAAAACCCCCCGCUCCUCCAGGGCUCUGCCGUGCAACCCCAGGAAGGCGCCUGCCAAGCCCAAGGAGAAAAAGAAGGGUAAAGACACCCUGCCCUCUCCGCCACGUCCCGACGCCUCCUCAGAUGCCCAGAGGCCCCUAAACUGCUCUCCUGCCCACCCAGCACACAGGACCAGGGCCAAGCCGAAAGCCAAGGAGGCUCGUGUCAAGGGAGGGGCUGUUAGCAAGCUGAUGGAGAGCAUGGCGGCGGAUGAGGAUUUUGAGCCCAAUCAGGACAGCAGUUUCUCGGAGGACGAGGGUCCCGGUCACCCCGAGCGACCCAACACGCCACCCCCCCGGAGCUGCGUGAUUGACAAGGAUGAGCUGAAGGACGGGCUGAGGGUCCUCAUCCCCAUGGACGACAAGCUGCUCUACGCUGGCCACGUCAGCACGGUUCACUCUCCGGACAUAUACAGGGUGAUGGUGGAGGGAGAGCGAGGGAACCGGCCGCACAUCUACUGCUUGGAGCAGCUGCUGCAGGAAGCGAUAAUCGACGUGAAGCCCCCCUCGGUGAGGUACCUCCCAGAGGGUACUAGGAUUGCCGCCUACUGGAGCCAACAGUACCGCUGUCUAUACCCCGGGACAGUCGUCAGAGGAAAUCCUGAAACAGAUGUAGAAGAUGGCUUCAUAACUGUGGAGUUUGACGAUGGCGAUACUGGCCGAAUUCCCCUGUCGCACAUUCGACUGCUUCCUCCCAACUACAAGAUCCAGUGUGCAGAGCCCUCUCCCGCUCUCCUGGUAGCCAGCACAAAGAGACGGGGCAGGAAGUCCAGCAAAUACAUUUCUGAGACCCAGGAGACAACCCUGCAUGUGCCUGAAGACCUUGCUCCAAAGGCCAGAGGACGGGGCAGAAAACCCAAGCCAAAGCCGGCAGCUGAAGGGGUUCCAGAGGAGCACUUGGAGGCAGAAAUGUCUGCUUUUCCUGAGAAAUCCACAGAGAGCCCUCUGAGCUCAGUGAGACCAGGCCAGCGGCUUGAAAGAAGAUGCCAACAGGCUGACUCUGCAGACACCUCUGUUACAGUUCCUAAUGAAGCCCAGAAGAAAACUGUGAAGGCUCCAGCCAAAAUCAGCUCCCAGCCACAGCCAUCCUAUUUGUUUCCACUCUACGGGAAAGUCCUCUCUGUUGAUAUCUACAACGAACCAUCAAGUUCAUUGAGUUCCCUUGUGUUGAAUGAGAAGCACAACGCAGGAAAUGUGAAUUUGGCAAAGAAAGGAAAGAAGAGUGAGCACAAGCAGGUGGGAAAAAUGCCAAGAAAACCAUCGGAAAUUCUCAUAAAGUUGGACCAUGAAGGCGUGAUGUCCCCCAAAACAAAGAAGACUAAAGCACUGAUGAUGAUGGAAGACCACAGUCUGUCCAGUAGGGAAAGCAAGGCAGUGACAGAUGUACCUUUCUCCACAGUUCUACCAGGAGACACUAAACAAAAGUCAAAAGCUUCAGAAAAGGAUGUUCUGAAGGUUGACUCUGUGCCUACAUCCAAGACUGGAGUGCUGGAAGAGAAUGAGGAUGAGCCAGUCAAGGGUUCCCACCUGAAAGAAGAAGCCAUGUCAAGUAGUAGCACAAGCAGCUCAGAAUCAGAAGAAGAGCGGGGGCAAGAAAAGGGACAUGGGAGCGAUAAGAGGUCCACCAGCUCAAGGACUUCCAGCAGCAUAUCCUCAAAGUCCUCCUCCAGCUCCUCUUCAAGCAGCUCAUCGUCCUCCUCUACAUCAUCAUCCAGUUCUUCCUCUUCCUCUUGCUCUUCUUCAUCCACAACAGACGAGGACUCCUCAUGCAGCUCCGAUGAGGAAACGCCUGUCCCUCCGCAGACCACUCCUGUGGCCCAGCAGACACGGCCACAUGUGGAGGACAAGUUGUCCAGUCAGCUUCAGACUCCCUCCAUUACUCCAUCCAAGGGCCAGAAAAAACAGCAGCAGCAGAAGCAACAACACAAGCAGCCACAAGCAAAAAACCGUCCAAGAAAACGAGAGGGCAUACAUCUCCCUACCACCAAGGAGUUGGCCAAGCGUCAGAGGCUCCCUUCAGUGGAGAACAGGCCUAAAAUCGCUGCCUUUCUCCCAGCAAGGCAGCUGUGGAAGUGGUUUGGAAAACCUACCCAGAGACGAGGAAUGAAGGGAAAGGCCAAGAAGUUGUUCUACAAAGCCAUUGUGCGUGGAAAAGAGAUGAUUAGAAUCGGAGACUGUGCUGUAUUUUUGUCUGCCGGACGGCCCAACCUGCCAUACAUUGGUUGUAUCCAGAGCAUGUGGGAGUCCUGGGGGAAUAAUAUGGUGGUCAGAGUAAAGUGGUUUUACCACCCUGAAGAAACAAACCCUUUAAAGAAGCUUCAUGACAAAAAGAACUGGGAUCACAAGUCUCCAAAGGGGCUUCCAGCCAGCCUUCAGGCCCCCAGCCAGAGAAAGGAUUUCAUGGAGCGUGCCCUGUAUCAGUCCUCUCAUGUCGAUGAAAAUGACGUGCAGACGGUCUCUCACAAGUGUCUGGUUGUCGGUUUGGAUCAGUAUGAACAGAUGAUUAAAACAAAGAAGUACCAGGACAGUGAGGAUCUCUACUACUUGGCCGGGACCUAUGAACCCACCACUGGGAUGAUCUUCAGCACCGAUGGUGUUCCUGUCAUCUGUUGAAAGAUCUCUCUUUCUUGCUCCUCACAACUUCUGAUCUUCAAAAUUAUAUGUAAUUCAAACCAGCUACCUGUUGAAGGUCACCUGUGCAUCUGGAGACACAGAUUUGUUGGGAGAGGUGACAUGAAAUAGAAGCACUGUAUGUGUUGCCCCCCUCAGAUGAAGGCACCAGCUGCUUCAGUCUGGGUGGAAACCUAGAAGGACUCGGGGCAUCAGUCCAUCUCCCAUGAGUUUAACCUUUCAUAGGAAUGGAAAAAAGAAGCCUGCAGCAGCUUCUAGUGUAAACACAUUGGCUUGUGGCCGUGAUAUAUUCAGAUGGCAAUUAUCUGUGUUUGAAGAGAUGGACUUAUCAAAGAAGAUGCCUUUACUGCAUUCAUGGAGUGAAGAAGACAGUGAUCAUUAGGAUCCUUUCCUCUGCAGGGAAACAGUGGAAGGAAGUGAGAUGGACAAGCAUCAUGCCACCUCCCUAGAAAGCUGUGAUUUCUCACUGGGUCUGAGAGUUGGCUUUGUAGACAGUGUUAGAACGUCUGAGGGCAAAGUGGUACUUGCAGCUCAAGCUAUUUUGUCUUGAGUGGUGCAGCACCUCUAGCACCAGACAGCGUCACCACCACCACCAGCAGCAUAGACCUAAAUGAGAGAUGACACUACUCAGAAGGGAGUGUUCACCAUGAAAGCCAGGAGCUUUGCCUCUAAUGAUCCUCAGGCAUUCUUCGGUCUAAGGACCCAGUAGAGGACAAGUAAUUGGAGAUGACAACAUGCAUUAAACUGGUAACACAAACCCACCAGGCGAAGAUGACAUCAUCUCCGUUGUCGUCCUGCAACGUUCUGGAAAAGCUAUCGAGGUGCUUUAACAAACAAGGGUUUCUAACCCGUGUUGACAAAUGUCCCCCUGUUGUGCCUCACACUGACGUUCUGCCGCAAACUAGUCUUCACCGUCACAAGUGUGAAAAGUGAAGGUAAGCUUCAGUUCAAGCACUUUGUGAGGAACACAAGACAAAAUUUUCCAACGUUUUGAUGCAAACCAUGGGUCAGGCAGACAUUUUUGAACUGCGUAUGGUCUUUUCUUUAUAUUCUUUGGGUUUUUUUUUUUUUUCAGGAAUAUGACUGCUGGCUCAUGCAGCUUUGGAAGUAACCAAAUGCUGCAAUAUUAAAUAUCACAAUUGUACUUUACUUUGGACUGGAAAAAGACACUUUUGCAAAAACCAAGGUGAACUGGUGUUAAAGGGAUCCCAGAAUCUUGUGUACACUACACACAAAAGAUAUACCUUGUAAUGUUUUUAUUUCAUUUAUUUUUUAAAAAUGAGAUGUUUUUUAUAAAGGAGAAAGAUUCUUUAUAUAAUUGUAAAUAAUAUCGGAAGAAAAAAAAUCAGGAAAUUUAACGGUGUGGAUAUUCUUCAGUCUUGUUGCCAGAAACUUACACUGUCAGCACACACCUUGUGUGACUAAUUGUUUUCCAAAAAAGCAAGAGAACCACGUAUUCUUGGAUCCUUAGCAGUAUUUAGAAGAUAGUUAGGAUGAGAAGAAUGUAUGACAGUGAGCACUUACACAUUGCCCAUGGCCUUGUGUUGAGAAUAGUCUGUUAGACAAUCGGGAGAAGAGUAGCAUUAGGUGUGCAGUUUCUAUAUUGCCCCCUAACCCCUAAGUUCUAACCCUAGCCCUUACCCCCCAAGUCCUAACCUAACCCUUACCCCCGAGUCCUAACCUAAUCCUUACCCCGGAGUCCUAACCUAACCCUAACCCCCGAGUCCUUACCUAA